GCUGUUGCCAACAUUUGUCACUUGUGAUACCUUCCAAUUGAACGAUGAGUGUAUCGCAUAACAGUCGUUCCUGUUUUGGUUCAUAGUUGUGAAACGUGACUCUCAAAGACAAACGGUAUUCGUAGGCUUAUGCUGUUGAAGUAUUACUCCUGUGUAUUGAGAGCAUCGAGUUAACAACUUUAAGUCUAGACGCAAGGUAAUAGAAAUAGCAAGUGGGUUGACAAGACUACAUCUUCACCAACUAUGAAGAUUAAAACACCCAUUACAUAUCCAUGACUAACACAUACCUCAAUGCGUGGUCUCUUGGUUCAGGGGCGGGUUAGAAGAAAACUAGGUCAGCCAAACUAAUAGGUAGCAUCAGUCCACAAAGUCAUUUGCUGCUGGUCCAAGCUACAAAGAUAUAUUACGAGAAGUUUCACUCUAUUAUAAUGUCAGAGGAUAGUGAUUUUAAAAUUUUGGAUUACUUGCAUAUGCAACUGAAGCCUGGAUGGACCAAAAAGGGAAUAACUGAAUUCCUGAAAGAAGCAGAAAAGCGCGAAGUUUUAUACACAAGAGCCCGUAGAGAUGAUAUGGAGAAGGCAAUCGUUCAAUUUAGAAGUUCUGCUUUGAAUUUCAUAGCCAGACUACCGACUGAGAUACGAAGUAAACCUUACUUUGAUUGUAUCAACCAGUAUAAUGGGGAUACAGGAGCAAAUUUACUUGACCAGUUGGUGUCUGAGGUAAAAAAGCGUAGUCGACUAGAAUGGGAAGAUUCUGUAAAGACUCGUACCGGAAAAAGACCAUGUAGAGGACAUACUACAAGUAAUUGUCGAAGUGCAAAGACAUCUCAAGCAUCCACUAAUCCACAGUUGUCACAAUGGCCGUCUAUGCCAUUUAUUUCGGAAGAUGGAGAGUUAACAAAUAUUAAUGAUGUCGGUCAAGUUCCAACUCUAAAUACUUCUCAGAUGAAAUCUGGUAGUGGAAAACGGUUACCAAUUGCUUCGACACCAAAAGUUACUGAACUUGAAGGAUUCAUCCCUCCAUCUACUACUUAUCGAGUAACUCGAUCACGUGCGAUCAAUAACCAAACUUCAAGUACAUGUAAAAUGAAUACAACUCGUGUAACUAACACUAAUAUAAAUCAUUAUACAACAACUAAUGAUACUUUAACCAAUAUGGAUAAAACUUUACGACCUAAUUCUACACAAAAAUUAUCUAAAGAAAUGAGAGAUAAAUUAUUAUCAAAGAUUGAUCGUAACAAUAUACAGCUAUCAUCACCGGAAGCACAGCAUCUACGUAAUCUUAUUGUAACACUUCAAGAUGCAUUAAACCGUCAUAUUCAAUCAAGAAGGAAAUGAAAAAGCAAGUCAAUGCUUGACGCAAACUUGUCUCUGUUUUAUAACUUUGUGCAAUCAAUAACUUGUCCAGAUUUCAUAAGUUCUUGCUUUAGACAAUAUUGUAUUUAGGAUGGUGAAAAGCUAAGCUAUGCGCUGUUCAUAUUCCAAUCUUGGUUGGCAACUUAACUCUUUUAAUCUUCAUCCCAAUGAUAUCAUCUAAGUACUAAUCCCCUAAAAAGCUACCAUGAACUCAAGUGUCAUCAAAUACCAUCGUUAACAAUGAGUCAACAGUUUUCGUAUUUGUAUUCAAAUCUCAACUCUUGGUUAUUCCAUUUAAAGACGAACAGACUACCAGCUAUUUUAAUGUUUGGAUUUAGUACCCAUCAAACUUUCUUUUUU